ACUCCCGCAGCUGCACUGAGGAGCAACUCAAGCAGGUGGUGGAGCGGGUGGCUGCUGCCGAGGCCGGUGGCUCCAUCCCGCCCUGGCAGGAGCCGCCCGCGCCCGAGUCGCUGAUGGCAGAGCUGCCGGAGCCGCUGCCGGUGGAGGAGGCGGUGGUGGGGGAGAGGUACUUCCCGGCCCCCCUGGAUGUUACGGAGCUGACGCUGCGCAAUGGCAUGCGUGUGUGUUUCAAGAACACCGCCUUCAUGCGGGAUGAGGUGCACCUCACCGGCUUUGCAGUGGGGGGGCUCAGCGAGGUCCCCCGCGACUUCUUCCCCACCGCCUCCCUGUCCGGCACCCUGGCUGGGCACCUGGGGGUGUUCGGACACCGCCCCGACGUGCUGGGAGACAUCCUGGCGGGCAGGAGGGUGGACCUGGAGCUGGCGGAGGGUGCCUACUACCGCACUCUGCGCGGCCUGCAGAGCCCGCACGACCUGGAG